CACACCUCUGAGCAGGUGGCCAAUAGGGGGAUUCUCCGGGUUAUAUAUACUGAGACUUUGGAAAAGAAAGACGGGUCACCCUGAAGUUUGCUUCGUCUCUACAGCAGGUCCAGCCCGAUCUUCCACCAUGCCUUUCGGUAACACCCACAACAACUUCAAGCUGAAUUAUUCAGCAGAAGAGGAAUUCCCUGACCUCUCCAAACAUAACAACCAUAUGGCCAAGGCUUUGACCCUUGACAUUUACAAGAAGCUCAGAGACAAGCAGACUCCAAGUGGCUUCACCCUUGAUGACAUCAUCCAAACCGGAAUCGAUAACCCAGGUCACCCUUUCAUCAUGACUGUGGGUUGCGUAGCUGGAGAUGAGGAAAGCUAUGAAGUAUUCAAGGAUCUUCUGGACCCAGUCAUUGAGGACCGUCACGGAGGUUACAAACCCACCGACAAGCACAAGACUGACCUCAACUUCAGCAACCUUAAGGGAGGUGAUGAUCUGGACCCAAACUACGUCUUCAGUUCCCGUGUUAGAACUGGACGCAGCAUCAAGGGAUACACUCUCCCACCCCACUGCAGCCGUGGAGAGCGUCGUGCCAUCGAGAAGCUGUCCAUUCAAGCCCUUAACAGCUUGACCGGAGAGUUCAAGGGCAAGUAUUACCCACUUAAGGACAUGUCUGAUGCCGAACAGCAGCAGCUGAUUGAUGAUCACUUCCUUUUUGACAAGCCAGUGUCCCCUCUGCUUUUGGCCUCUGGCAUGGCCCGUGACUGGCCCGAUGCCCGUGGUAUCUGGCACAAUGAUGACAAAUCCUUCCUGGUUUGGGUAAAUGAAGAGGACCAUCUGAGAGUAAUUUCCAUGCAGAAAGGAGGUGACAUGAAGGAGGUUUUCAGACGCUUCUGUGUUGGACUCCAGAAGAUUGAGGAGAUCUUUAAAAAAGCAGGACACCCUUUCAUGUGGAAUGAGCAUCUGGGUUACGUCCUCACUUGCCCAUCUAACCUGGGUACAGGUUUGAGAGGCGGUGUCCACGUUAAGCUUCCCAACCUCAGCAAGCACCCCAAAUUUGAAGAAAUCCUGACAAGGCUCCGUCUGCAGAAGAGAGGCACCGGUGGUGUUGACACAGCUGCCAUUGGUGGAGUUUUUGACAUUUCCAAUGCUGACAGACUGGGAUUCUCUGAGGUGCAGCAGGUCCAGAUGGUUGUGGAUGGUGUGAAACUGAUGAUUGAGAUGGAAAAGAAGCUUGAGAAGGGACAGCCCAUCGAUGACCUUGUGCCCGCACAGAAGUAGAGGGCAAUAGAGACUGACAAACCACCCCUGAAAAUGACCAACAGACAGGGGGAGAGUGGAGACCCCAUUAAAUCGUUGGAGGUUAAAAAUAAGGCUGUCAUCACGAAGAUUACAUUGAGAUGGGUGAAGAGACCACCACUGGGGAGCUGAAACAUCUAGACUUACAGGAAGAAUCCACCAGAUCAGAAGGAUGAAGGAUACACCUAUGAAUAUCUGCCUUGUAGGACUGAAAAUUCUAUAGAGAAAUUGGGUUGCUUCCAUGCCUACCCAUUUCCUCAUUAUCUAAUGUAUUUUGUGACCCUCCUAUGAAUGCCUGAAGACAAUAAAACCAUAAUGUCACCUCUGA